UCGAUGCUGAUUGUAAAAAUUUUUCAUUACUACUUAAUAUGACAACUACCCCUCAAAAACCAAUUGCUGGACAACCUCUUGUGUUUGAUUUUAAUAAAACAAUUGAAAAAGAUAUCAGUAACGAAACAAAAAUUUAUAUUGAAAUAUAUCAUGAAUCUGAUGGAUGGUAUAACUAUAUUCAGCAAAUACCAGAACAUUUUAGUGGAACAUUUUCUCUUAUGCCUUAUCUUGGAUAUCCGAGUGAAAAUCAAAUUCAGAUUAAUCCUAGCUGCUCUAAUCCUAAUAAUCCUGAUAGUAGAGAUUCGACAUUAACAAUGCAAGAAUAUCCUCCUACCCACAGUUCUUAG